AUGACCUCAUCACAGGUCACAGAUAAUCAUAAUACUCUAACCAAGAGUGGAGUAGCUAUCUGGGUGGCUACUCUUGGCUCUGGCGCCGUGAUUGUCUGCUCAUUGCUUACAAUUGGAGUGCUUUUCCAAGACAUUUACAAUUUACAAACGGAAAUCAUGGGUGAAAUGAAGGAAUUUCAGGUAUUUCGUUUUGCUUUACUCACACUAGAAUAUAAAAAUGAGAUUCAGAAUAUUGCAAAUGACGCCUGGAAUGAGAUGAUUUUUCUCCAAGGCCAAGUUCCCAGUCAGUUUGCCUCCAGGCAUCAGUUUACCCCAAAUCCUUUCGAAUCCUUGUUCAGGGAGAAAAGAGGCGGUCAUUAUGCCCAGCCUCGCUAUAAUCCCGGUCCCCAACCCAUGCCACAACCAAUGCCUCAGCCCUCUUACAAUCCCGCACCAGCCGCGCCUCAAUGCAGUAAGUAACAGUCAAAAUAACAGUAAUCUAAAUUUUUUAUGAUGACAUAUUAUGUUAACCAUUAAAUUUUGAUUUUUAGACUGUGGAAGAAGAGCGCAAAAUUGCCCCUCCGGCCCGCCUGGCCCGCCAGGAACCCCGGGAUUGCCUGGAGGUAAGCUAAAUACUUUUACGUAUCAAAAUACAAAUUAUAUUAUUAAUGACAUCUGAAAUGUAGAUGAUGGCCCUAGAGGAAUGGACGGUCGUCCUGGAGCGCCAGGAGUUUCCCUGACCACCAACAAUGGCUACAAUGGUUGUAUAAAAUGCCCAAUGGGACCUCCAGGGAGUCCGGGCCAAAUGGGCGGGGUCGGCCAGCCUGGUCCUCCUGGAAUGCCUGGAGCACCCGGAAGCCCCGGUCAACAAGGCGCGCCUGGCCUGAUGGGACCUCCCGGAGAUAUGGGAGCUCCAGGAAACCCGGGAAGCGACGGAAGACCAGGCGCUCCAGGUCAAAGUGGAAGUAGAAUCCGCUCUAUGCCUGGCCCACCUGGACCCCCUGGCUCAAUGGGAUCAAUGGGACCUCCCGGCUCGCCUGGAAUGCCCGGAGGGAUGGGAAGUAUGGGAUCGCCUGGACCCAUGGGACCUCCAGGAACUCCCGGACAGCCAGGAAACCCGGGAGCACCCGGAUUGGUAAGGAAAUCAAGUUUCUUCCGAUAUCAUCAUGUGUAUGUAAUAUAGAAAAACAUCUAAUUUGUUUCAGCCUGGGGCCAUGGGAGUCCCCGGAAAUGACGCUGCCUACUGCCCUUGUCCCCCUCGUGGAGGGCCAGCUCCAUAUCACAAAGCUUAA